AAGUGAUAUUCAAAAAAAUGAAUCAGGGCCGCGGACUCGACUUUCUUCCUUUUCGUCAACUGAUGACAACAAACGAAACAAAUUUUCGCCAUCAUCAACCUCUUCGCAUAGCGAAGCAUACAGCUGCUCAAGUACUCCAGGAGAAAAGUUUAAAGACUUCCAAAGCUUCAAACAUGAUACACAACGUAACACCGGAUUUGUUCCUCCCGGUUACCCAGAUCUGAAGCACUUAGGAUCCCGCGAAGAUCCCCAGCCUACCUCGACAUUAAAUCUAAAAAUGGCAGCUGACUUGACAUGUGAUUUCACCAAAGAUAACGAUCGAACUUCGGUGAAUUCGUCGUUGCUGAAUCUCAGUAUUCCGCGAAAGUCGAGUGUGAACUUUCACAAACUUGCAGAUUCGAUAACAACACCAAGCGAACAAGAUCCGAAAAUUGAAAAACAAAGAUCUUCUGAAGCCGAUACAAUUGCAUUCAAGAAUGUUCAUAAAUAUCACUCUGAUUUUAAUUUGAAUCUGGCUAACUACCCACCGUCGUUUCUUCCAUUCGAUAAAAAUAUAACUCCGAAUCUUCUUCACACAAAUCCUAAUGCUAUAGCAAAUGAAUUAUUUCAACUUCAAUUGAGAAAUGCAUAUGCUGCUAUUUUACAACAAAUUUACACAAGUUAUUUUAUUCGAAAUUCACCUAUACCUUCGGCAAUACCGGACGUGCAACGUAAUGGAUUUCUACCACAGCCUCAGCCAUCGCACAUGAACGCUGCUUUCAACAAUGGAUUAAAAUCAUUUUCCUCAGUUAGACCUGAACAGAUAAGUCGUUUCAGUCCGUAUUGGGUUCCAACAAUUCCUAAUCUUCCGCAUCGCCAGGUGGGGGAAAUAAAAAGCAAACGUCCAGGAAGAACGCCAAAGCCGAAGAGAGAAUUCAUUUGCAAAUACUGUGGAAGACAUUUCACCAAAAGUUAUAACUUAUUGAUUCAUGAAAGGACACAUACAGAUGAAAGACCGUAUGUUUGCGAUAUUUGUAAGAAAGCUUUCAGGAGACAAGAUCAUUUAAGAGAUCACAGAUAUAUACACUCAAAGGAAAAACCAUUCAAGUGUGAAGAAUGUGGCAAAGGAUUUUGUCAAUCUCGCACUCUUGCAGUUCACAGGACAUUGCAUACGCAGGAUUCAAUUCACAAAUGUCCAACAUGUGAUCGGUCAUUCAACCAGCGAAGCAACUUGAAAACUCACCUGCUUACUCACACCGACUUCAAACCAUAUACCUGUCUUUCGUGCGGAAAAGUCUUCAGGCGAAAUUGUGAUUUGCGAAGACACAGUCUCACACACACAUUGGGUUGGGACUCAAAUACAAACUCAGGAGGAAUAUGAAGGCUCAAUACAGCCCGUGGACAACAAGCUGUUCAACAGUCCCAUACCACGUCACAAUUGUGAUUUCAUAUUUACGUCGAUGAAACAAAUUUUUCUUUCCUUUUUCAAAUUUUAAAUAGUUUUGGCUUCUUCUAGCAAAGGUCUGAAAUCAAAUUAUGCAAAUACUGUUUUUGAAAUCUAAUUUAGACAAAUUAUCAUUAAUUAAAUAAUCGUAUUUCGAAUAUGUAUGCUAUUGUUUAAUUCUCAAUUAAAGUUUAAAAAUUUCUGGUACUGUAAUGUAUCUAAUACAAUGUCAUUCCUCUUUUAAAAUACGUAUUUAUUUUUCUGUACUUUUGUUUGAAUCAAUCUGUUCAUAUUUUCACGUAAGCCAUUUUCAU